AUGCGCAGCUCAAAGCUCCGAAUCCCCUACACGGACAUCCUUGCGGCGCCGACAAUCAUCCCGGCGAGCGCAACCUCAAAGACCGGCGCCCUCGCCGCGCUGCGCAACUUCUUUGUAGCAACGAAUGCGGGGGCAUCGCCCACGGUCGUCCUGACGGGCGCGGGGAUAUCUGUGGCCAGCGGCCUCGCCGACUACCGGGGCACCAAGGGCACGUACCGCGUCAACAAGACAUAUCGGCCCAUCUACCAUCACGAGUUCCUCCAGAGCCACGAGGCCCGCAAGCGGUACUGGGCGCGCAGCUUCCUGGGCUGGACGACGCUGCACAAGGCGCGGCCCAAUGCCACACAUUUCGCGGUCAAGCACCUGGGCGAGCUGGGGCUCGUGGACACGGUCAUUACGCAGAAUGUAGAUUCCUUCCACCCAAAGGCGCACCCACAGCUACCUACGGUCGAGCUACACGGCUAUCUGAGGGCGACUACAUGUACGUCUUGCCACGAGGAGCUGCCUCGGGACGUCUUCCAGGAUGAGCUCGCCCGCCUCAACCCGGCCUGGGCGGCAUUCCUGCAGGAGAUUAUGGCCACGGGCGCGCUGGACACGGAAGACCCGGACGAGCGAAAGGCCAGGGGCAUGCGUGCCAACCCGGAUGGCGAUGUCGAUGUGCCCAAUGCCCCAUACACCACCUUCCGCUACCCGCCCUGCCCGCGGUGUCUGAGCAGCCCCCCCGUCCUGGCGGAUGGGAGUCGCGCGACGGUCGAGUCCGACGCCGAUGGUGGGUGGAAGACUACCAGCAAUGCAGGCAUCCUCAAGCCGGCGGUCACAAUGUUCGGGGAGAAUGUCCGGCCCGCAGCAAAAGCGGCCGCUGAGCAGGCGAUCGAGGACGCCGCCAGAGUCUUGGUGCUCGGCACGUCGCUUGCGACAUAUUCUGCGUGGCGCCUGGUCAAGAGGGCGCAGGACCGAGGCGUCCCGAUUGCGAUUGUCAAUCUUGGAGGAGUGAGAGGUGAGGAUGCAUUCUUCACAAACUUGGACCCGUCACAGAAUGGCGCGCAGGGUGUGAGGGUGGAGAUCCCGACCGACGAACUGCUCCCUGCGCUUGUCGAGGAGCUUCGGCUCUCGAGAAAAGAAGCAACUUUGGAGGACGGCCAUGACCACAGAGUAGAGGCCCAUGGAGCGUCUGUGUUCAAGGACAUGAUGUCGUGA